CAUCACGUGACUCUCAGGCUGCAUCAGCCGUUACGUCAUGGAGGAGGUCUGAUGAUAAUAGCAGAGGUGAAGAGAUCUGAUACUGAGGACAACCAGCACGGCUGAUCGUACUCUGGGGUAAGAUACUGUGACAUUCAGCAUCAUGGGGGAGUUGUUUCGCAGCGAGGAGAUGACUCUGGCCCAGCUCUUCCUCCAGUCCGAAGCAGCCUACUGCUGUGUCAGUGAACUGGGAGAGCUUGGUAUGGUCCAGUUUAGAGAUCUCAACCCUGAUGUGAACGUGUUUCAGAGAAAGUUUGUGAAUGAAGUGAGACGCUGUGAGGAGAUGGACAGAAAGCUCAGGUUUGUUGAGAAGGAGAUUAAGAAAGCCAACAUUCCAACUAUGGAUACCGGUGAGAAUCCUGAAGUCCCGUUCCCACGAGACAUGAUUGACCUUGAGGCAACAUUUGAGAAACUCGAGAAUGAAUUGAAAGAGAUCAACACAAACCAGGAGGCUCUAAAGAAGAACUUUCUGGAGCUGACCGAACUCAAGCAUAUCCUCAGACGUACACAGCAGUUCUUUGAUGAGAUGGAGGAUCCCAACCUGUUGGAGGAGUCAUCAUCUCUGCUGGACCCCAGUGAGGCAGGCCGUGGAGCCCCACUGCGACUGGGGUUUGUGGCUGGAGUUAUAAACCGUGAGAGAAUCCCGACAUUUGAGAGGAUGCUGUGGAGAGUCUGCCGCGGAAAUGUCUUUUUACGACAGGCAGAGAUUGAGGACCCUCUUGAGGACCCCACCACAGGAGAUCAGGUGCACAAGUCUGUGUUUAUCAUCUUCUUCCAAGGAGACCAGCUGAAGAACAGAGUGAGAAAGAUCUGUGAAGGGUUCCGUGCGUCUUUGUACCCCUGCCCUGAGACUCCUCAGGAGAGAAAAGAAAUGGCAGCCGGCGUCAACACCCGCAUUGAUGACCUCCAGAUGGUUUUGAAUCAAACCGAGGACCACCGGCAGAGGGUUUUGCAGGCGGCCGCUAAAACCAUACGUGUGUGGUUUAUUAAAGUGAGGAAGAUGAAGGCCAUUUAUCACACUCUGAACCUCUGUAACAUCGACGUUACACAGAAAUGUUUGAUCGCUGAGGUCUGGUGCCCUGUAUCUGACCUCGAUUCCAUUCAGUUUGCCCUGCGCAGGGGAACAGAACGUAGCGGAUCCACAGUUCCCUCCAUUUUGAACCGAAUGCAAACCAAACAGACUCCACCAACUUACAACAAGACCAACAAGUUUACAUCAGGCUUUCAGAACAUUGUGGAUGCCUAUGGGAUUGGAACCUACAGAGAAAUCAACCCGGCACCCUAUACCAUCAUUACAUUCCCAUUCCUGUUUGCUGUGAUGUUUGGUGACAUGGGUCACGGCGUGCUGAUUACAUGUGCGGCUCUUUACCUCGUCCUCAGAGAGACUCGCCUGCUCGCUCAGAAGAGCGACAAUGAGAUGUUCAAUAUGGUAUUCGCAGGCCGCUAUAUAAUACUUCUGAUGGGGAUGUUCUCUGUCUACACCGGGCUCAUAUAUAAUGACUGCUUCUCUAAGUCCCUCAACAUGUUUAGCUCUGGCUGGAGCGUGCGACCCAUGUUUACCUACGAGAGCGCGAACUGGACGUUCAAGACCCUGGAAAGCAACCCUGUUCUUCAGUUAGAUCCUGCUGUUCCUGGAGUGUUUGGUGGCCCCUAUCCUUUGGGCAUUGACCCUAUCUGGAACAUUGCCACAAAUAAGCUGACAUUCCUCAACUCAUUCAAGAUGAAGAUGUCGGUAAUCCUGGGAGUCAUCCACAUGCUGUUUGGAGUCACACUUUCCCUUUUCAAUCACCUGUACUUUAAGAAACCUCUGAACAUUUACACGGGUUUCAUCCCAGAGAUUGUGUUCAUGACCAGUCUCUUUGGUUAUUUGAUCUUGCUCAUCUUUUAUAAGUGGACGGCUUACGAUGCAGUGACCUCCAAAGAUGCUCCCAGUCUGCUUAUAGCAUUCAUCAAUAUGUGUCUGUUCAACUACAAUGAUCCAACCAACAAACCCCUGUACAGAGGACAGGCAGGGAUUCAGUCUCUGUUGGUGUUGAUAGCUCUGGCGUGCGUGCCGUGUAUGCUGGUGGUGAAGACUAUGAUCCUGCGCCGUCAGCACCUGUGGAAGAAACACUUGUCCCAGAUGAGGGAAGCAAGACCUGCUGAGAAUCUAGAAACUUUAGAGCAGACAGGCACCAGCUCACCCACCGGACUCACCCAACAGGGCACACAGAAGUUUGGUGGUGUCCGGAUUGGAAACGGGCCUACGGAGGACGAGGCGGAGAUCAUAGACCAUGACCAGCUCUCACAGGAGGAGGAGGGAGAUGAGCAUUCAGAGGAGGAACCGUUUAACUUUGGAGAUGUGGCCGUUCAUCAGGCCAUUCACACUAUAGAGUACUGCCUAGGGUGCAUCUCCAACACUGCCUCAUACCUGCGGCUCUGGGCUCUUAGUUUGGCCCAUGCUCAGCUGUCUGAGGUGCUGUGGGGUAUGGUGAUGCAUCUCGGCCUCUCCUCCCGGAGUGGGGGUGGAUUCUUCGGCCUAUCAAUUAUCUUCUCUGCUUUCGCCACACUGACAGUGUGCAUAUUACUGAUCAUGGAGGGAUUGUCGGCAUUUCUGCAUGCCCUGCGACUGCACUGGGUGGAGUUCCAGAACAAAUUUUACACAGGACAGGGCUUCAAGUUUGUCCCUUUUUCCUUUGUAAGUAUCCUGGAAGGUCGAUUCGAUGAGUGAUAUGAUAUUAUUUGAUAUGUUUGAAAUCCCACUGCUUCAUUGAUACCAGAUGUAUCUGUGACCUCUUAGUGUGUUGUUGAGAUCUGUUGUGCACCGUAAGCUUUUCUCACCUGCAUUUAUGCUAUGGUCCCACAUUAUGUGAACAGUCCCUCAAAACCGUGUAAGCCGUGUGUAUGCUCUUGUAAUUGAUGUUGCAUUUUAAAAUGUUGGUAUAAAUCAAGCAAUGCAUGACAAAGUUUUGUGCUCAAACAAUGACUGAUUGAGGAGUUUAAAAUAUAUAUAUAUUUGCUAUAUUAUUUCAUAAUACAGUAAUAUUAAUAUUUCUUUAAAAUAUCCUGACAUUUCAUGACACAUUAGCCAUAUGAUGACUGUCAUGUAACAGAAAAGGGCACCAACAUAUCUCAAGAUAUGCCUAAAGAAAUGAAUUAUUUAUUUUAUCUUGGUUGUGUUUGCUCAUAAAAAAGCAUAUCAAUAAGUUUGAAGUCUUUGUUAUUUUGUCGAAGUUUUAUUAUUUUGCUUUAUUGUUAGUGAUGUGUAAGGUAAAUGUUUGUGCAUGAACACACAUUUAAAGUAUGAAUUAUAUAAUCAGAAGAGUCAAAAAUUGUUUGUGGUUAUUUUGUUUAUUGUGAAAUUACAAUUAAAGGGAUACACUACCCAAUAAUGAAAAUUCUGUC